AUGGCUGAUGAUGUAGCAAACCUAUUUUUCAAUGGAUCGCUCGACUAUAUGGAUACUAUAAAUGCUACAGUGGACACAAUCAGCUCUCUUCCACGGGAUGAAGGCUUCACACUCACAUCUGUUUUUCACCUCCAUAACACCUACUUCCAUGAUUGGUGGGAGAUAACUGUUUUUAUCUUCAUAUGGAUGGCUUUGUCUUACAACCUUCUUUUCUUGGGAGCAGCUUUAACUGCUUCAAUAUUCCUUAGAAGACAUACUUCCAUGCUACUCUUUGUAACUCCACUUUUAGUCUUAUGUGUUGUUGGUCCUCUGGCCUUAAGUACCAUAACUUCGAUGUCUUUAGCGUUCGCUUUAUCUGCCGCUAGUCAGCCAGUUAGCGCUUAUGUCUGUGCUUUUUUAGGAGUAGUACAGACUGUAAUGGUUAUUGUUGUGUCGUUUUCACGACUUCUUGGCACAUUGUAA